AUGACAGUGCAGGUUUGCUUGCUUGACUUUCCCUGGGUGUUGGACUACAUCUUGGCGACGCGAUUCAACUGCUCUUUGCGGCAGAUUCGUCAUGCAGUGUGUAGCAUAGUGCUCACUCUGCGGACGAUAUUGUCAGCAGCAGUAGAGUUGGGUCUGCUGGUCUCCCAAGAUGCUGAUACGGAUGGAUCCAUCUCCGCAAAGCCUUUCAUUGAUAACAUGAUUCAUGUGAUCAGCGAGUGUCUCAAGAACUUCCCCUUGUGCUUAGAUUCUGAAUUCUUCCACUCCUUUCUGGAGCCGUUGCCCAGCCACCUCAGAUUCCUGUGUGGAAACUUCCACCCAUUGACGCACAUGCAGUUUGAGGACUCUGCAAAGCAAAAGGCGUUUGAAGCACAGACAAAGGCAAUAACGCAGGCUUUGUCUGAAUUACCAUCGCAGUGUUCAAACCUCGAGCUGCACAUGAGCUCGCAAGAGCCUGUCUUGAAGCAGAUACAGCUAAUCAAGGAACACUUACGAGCACCUCUAUGGAUGCUGAUGCAUGACUUCCGAAGCCUGCAGGGAGAAGAGAAGCUCCUUGUGGAGGACGUGCGGCAAGCUGUGCGAGCUACCGCAGAGCUGCAGGCGCGAGAAACGGGCGAGCUGCCGUCAUGGCCGCAGGUGCUGGGGGACACUCUCCUUCUGCUGUUACCACUUUGGAAGCUGUCAGCGCUGGCAGUUGCAAAGGGCCAGGAAGCCCUGACUCACUUCGUUGCUGGGCCACCACUCGGUGCCAACCUGGGGGCACAGAGGCUCUUGCGACGACUCAUCGAAGUCUUGCUCAGCGAGAAGGCAGAUUUCAUGGACAUUGCUCUUUGGUUUGCAGCCGAACCUUCUUCUGCAGCCUUGCUGACCAGCGGGGAAGCAGUCAAUUUCCUCCUCCCAGAGGCGGCGAAUGAUGACGAGUUCGCAAGCUUCCGGAAAGAAGGCCUCAUGCGCACGCAAGACAACCUUGCCUACCUGCAGGGGCAUCUCCUGAGGCUGCCAAAGCAUUUGCGUGUGCACGUCUCCGCCUACUGGAGGAAGGCUGUUGAAGAGGUCCACUUGUACCUGCAGCUGUACCUUAGAGUCAUUGAGGCGCGACAGCCCGUUCGACUGAGGGAGCACAUGUGUUUGCAUGGUUUUGCCGUGUCACGCUGGCAUGCUAACAAAGAGCUGUUCCAUUUAUUUGUUAACACUUUUUGCCCAAGCCCCUCGUUAUGUUUGGGGGCAGGGGGCGCGGCAUCUUUUUCAAUAGCGACGGCAGCAUUGCUGGGCUCGCAAGAACCAGAAUCGCAACUGGGUCCCAUUUUCUCCUGA